GCAGUCGGGCGAGUCAACAAAUACAGUCAGUCAAAAUUUCAAUUUGUUGAGUUCUUGUGAUAUUCUUUUGCAUAGUGCCUCAUAUGGAGAUAGAACCUCCAUGCUCUGACUAGUGACUGACUUGGAAUCGUUUCUAUUGAUGUGACACAUGAAAGCUGAUGCUGUGAUAUGAUUACGUUUAAAAGCAUGCCAUGGAUCCUCCAAGUUGAUUCAUAAUGCUGACGUUGCUCCGCGAAUCAGAAUUCACCACGAUGACGUGCAGUGCCUGCUUCACAAUCUUUGUCCUUCUCUUCAAUGUUUCUGUUUUCCUCUUGUCCAGCGGCAAACAACUAAACUGGUUCUCUGCAAAGACGGGACAGUAUGACAAAAGGUACGGAGCAUUCACGGAGAAGGAGCGGCAGCAAAAGCUAGCAGAUGUGAAGAAGAUGUUUUAUUUUGGAUACGAUAAUUACAUGAAGCAUGCUUUUCCACUGGACGAGCUGGAUCCAAUUCAUUGUAGGGGUCGAGGCCCUGACCACGAUAACCCGUCAAACCUGAACAUCAAUGACGUUCUAGGAGGCUAUUCACUGACACUGGUUGAUGUUCUAGACACACUUGCUAUUUUGGGUAACGGUACAGAAUUCAAGAGAGCCGUUAGCCUCGUGAUUGAUCAUGUAUCUUUCAAUCACAAUAAUACUGUGCAAGUAUUUGAAUCAACAAUAAGAGUAAUGGGAGGUCUGCUCUCAGCUCAUUUGCUCAUCACUGACCCGUAUCGACCUCAUGGUGACCUUUACCCUGAUAACUACGAUGGAGAGCUACUACAAAUGGCACAUGAUCUCGCCAUAAGGUUGUUACCUGCCUUUCAAAACACAUCAACUGGGAUUCCUCACCCCAGGGUUUGCCUCUAUAAUGGCGUUCCUGCUCAAGGUGUGCAAGAGGCAUGCACAGCGGGAGCAGGAUCUCUCAUCCUUGAGUUUGGACUCUUGAGUCAACUGGUCCAAGAUCCAAUCUUUGAAGAUGUGGCUAGGACGGCCAUUGAUGCACUCUUUAUAAGACGUUCCAACAAGACGGGCCUACUAGGAAAUGUGAUUAAUAUUCAGACUGGUGAAUGGGUUGGAAUCCAGAGUGGUCUAGGAGCUGGAGCGGAUUCUUUCUAUGAGUAUCUGUUAAAGUCAUUUAUAAUGUUUGGAGAGGAACAAGACUUACGAACAUUUAAUGAAAUUUAUGACAACAUCAAAAAGCACAUGAGGAAGGGGAGAGCUUCAUGUACCAGCGGUGACGGUAAAGUUCCUCUUUAUGUCAAUGUUAAUAUGAAUGAUGGUCGGACAUUGAACUCCUGGAUUGAUGCACUACAAGCGGCUUUUUCAGGGGUUCAGGUGCUCGCUGGUGACAUAGAGGAAGCCAUUUGCUCACAUGCCAUUUUCUAUGCCAUAUGGAGGAAGUACGGCGCCAUACCGGAACGGUUUAACUGGCAGACGAAGCAGCCAGAUGUCCUAUUCUAUCCACUCAGACCGGAACUUGUUGAAUCCACAUAUUUGUUAUAUCAGGCGACACAGAACCCAUUCUAUCUACAUGUCGGAAGUGACAUCUUAGAAAGCUUGGAAACGUACACAAAAUCAACCUGCGGUUAUGCAACCCUUCAUGAUGUCUUCACUAAAACCAAGGAAGAUCGAAUGGAGAGUUUCUUCCUCAGCGAGACAUGUAAAUAUUUGUUUCUGUUGUUUGACAGCGACAAUCACGUGAACCGAGCUGCUUCUAAGUACAUCUUUAGCACUGAAGGACAUCUACUACCGAUCUCAAGAAAGUAUCGCUCCAAAAAACUAAGCAAAGAUUUCUAUAAUAGACGAUCAAUGAAAACGAGGAUCGACAACUGUGAAGAGCUUCCUUAUAAUAGAUCAUUAUCAGAGUGUUCCUAUAUCCCCAGUGAAAGCAGGUUUAAAUUACCGUUAGACAGUGUGUACCUGGAACAGAUAGAUCAACUGGUUGGAUUAUGACACCACAUCCCUUCCUAUCACUAGCAACAAUCAAAACCUUCCACGUAAAUAUAGCAUUUAUUUUGAUGAUUACAAGUUUUUAUGAUAAAUCUUUGUAUAUUUUGUAAGAUCAUUGGUAUAAAUUUGGUAAAUAUUAUCACUACCUUAACCAGGUGUGUGAUUUCUCAGAGUUGUUUCUAAAUUCAGGAUUUUUUUUUUUUUCAUAAAAAAAUUCUAGAGCAUUUACCGGUACAUUUUCUUGAAAGAUGUUCACCAGACUUGAUACUUCAUGAAGGCAAUGAAGGCUAUUGCCUCUAUUAGUCUAGGCGGAUUUCUGAAAAAGAGGUCUAAUUAAGGUGAUUGAGGCAUUUUGGGGUAAAAGCAGGGAACUAAACUUUUUAAUACA